UACGCGCGGGCACAGAGUCAUUUAGUCGUUUACCCGACACUCGGCGCGCGCGACCACCGUUUAGGGGAUGUCAUACUAAUCAACAUCGAUCAUGGACAUCGCCUUGCCCGCUUGUGCCCAGCUGCGGCAGACCGGUACCGUUAUAACCAAACCUAAGGACGAUUGCUACAGGAUAUGUACAGGACGUACCAAUUUUGUUAGUACGCUAAAAUGUGAACUUUGUGGUAGGACUAGAACCAAUAGCCAAUACAGUGACUGUGAUAGUGAAACAGUGAAGAAAUGUCGACCCCACAGAUCGAGUACAGCUAGAAGCAGAUACGUCAACGUCUGUGCAGCGGUGUGUCUACUGCUACUGGUCGGCUUCACCCCGCGGACAUCAGCGGCGCCGCGGCCUAGAAGAGACAGCAUGGAGAACGAAGCGUGGGCGAACCCAUGUGACUUCGCUCCUGAUAGCUCACCAUCAUCACCAAAACCAUUUACAAAAGCCCAAGCCAAAAGAGUCGCGAAUCAAGCAAAAGCAGCACUCGACAAUGCACAAUCAUUCAAAAAUAAUUUCUCUGACAGCAUACAAAGCUUUCCAUCAUUCAGCGAGACGUUCGACACGACGCCCUGGCUGCGGAACAAACCAUUUGUUACUCAAUACACUUUUCCCGAAACCAAGAACAAGAUCGAAAUGGAAUUGCCGGCAGAGGAUCUGAGCAAUGUUGUUGCUAAUAUUGACGACCAUUUGCCAGCCAUGUACAAGGCUCUGAAGAUGGUCGCGGCAGGACUGUACGCAAUCAAGGAGAACGGACUCAAGCAAGACGUUCGAGAAGAGAAGAAUCUAAAGCCUUUCUUUGACCACUACUUCAACGCUGUGAGACAAGUUCUUUGCGAAUUUAAUGAAGUGAUGCUGUCAAAAAACUUGCAAAUCCUUCCUUUGCCAGACAACGAAAUUCCAUUGAUCGGAGAGAACAGAACCGACACAAUGUUCCACAUAUACAGAGAUACGAUGCUGUACCUCGACUACCUUCGGCAAGUCAUGGACCACUGGGCCCACAGUCCCUAGACCUCAAAGCUUCGGACUCCCAAAUGUUGCAACUCUGGAAACGGAGUGACUUAGGUUCAAAAUGGUCAGAUUUAGUGACAUAGUAGCCUAGCGAUACCGCUAUUUCACGGAGAAAUAAAAUCCAUUAGAUCAAUUAAUAGGCAUACUAUAAACCCAUGUACAUUAAAUUAUACAUAGGCAUUAAUUACAUAUAUGAUCUCAUAGAUCUGUCCAUUCUCGAACGAAUUUGACAAAUUUGCUCGUCAUCGUGAAUGGCACUAUCUUGAGUAAAAUCACCCUAACCUAUUAAAAGUACAAUAUAAUGUUUAGCGACAAUACGUAUGUAAAACCCAGUUGUAGAACACAUCCGUCCCUAUCCCAUUUAUUGUAAACACACUCACAAUUGUGUAAUUUGUAAUUUCUACAUCGUCUCACAUAGCACUUGUGUUUCGUUUAGAGUGUAACUUAGAAUUUGGUACAGAUUAGUUUAUCUUACCACAGUCCUCCACUGGUAUAUCGAAGUUCUAUAAAUUAGGUAUUUUCAUUUUGUAAUAGCUGCAUAUUGAAUUGUUUUAAAAAACUCCGCAUGUCAAUAUAUCAGUAAAUAGUACAGUAUUAUCAAUUUAUCAAUU